AUGGCCCAAAUAAUAAAUUUAGGCCCACAAAUUCAGCUAGUCCAGGCCCAAACCUUUAGGUCCCAAAGGUUCGAAGCUCCACCGGAAGCCCAAGCUCUACAAUUGUGUGUUGAAGAAGGUGCAAAAGAUGGAUUAGGAUCAAGGGAAUCAGAUAUGGGGAAGCUUUUGGCUGAUCAGUCAUUUGUCUCAUCUAUUCUUGCUUCUCUGCCAGGAGUUGACCCGAAUGUUCCUUUAAUCAAGGAUUUGCUUGCUUCAAUGCAAAAUCAGCUUGAGUUUGAGCAGAAGAAAGAGGAGGAUAAAGCACUCAAGGAAGACGACAAGUGA